AAAAAAAUGCCGUCUGUUUACAAGACCCCUGAUGAAGUGUAAAAUGCCGAGGGAAAUAAGUGAAAAGUCAUCCCAGUUCCCAGACAAGGAAGCCCGCUAUCAGUGUUGGGACACCAGGGACAAAUAUUGGGAAUGCUUAGACUCUGGAGGCACUGACGAAAGUUGCAAGGAAUUAAGAAAUAUGUAUAAUGAACACUGCCCUUCAACAUGGGUGAAGCAUUUUGAUAGGAAGCGGAGCUACCUCAUUUUUAAGGAGCAGAUGAAGCAGGGAUAUGAGCCAUUGGAUUUUGAGCCAAGAAAAGUUAAAGGUUAAUGAAAAAUUUAUUAUUUAAAUAUUUUCUAUGUUAUCUUUACUACUUGUAUGGCAUGUGUACAAUCAAAAUUUUUACAUCUUAGUUUCAUAUUGAUGUUAAAAUGAAAUAUAAUCUUCAUAUUCAGGAUAAUUUGAAUCAUUAUUCUUGUUAAAAGUUGAUAAACUCAUGCAAUCUUAAGUCGUAAUGUAUAUUUAUUAUGUAAAUGACUGAACAUCAAUUUCAUGUAUUUUGUGUAGUACAUAUGCAAUAAGUACUGAAUUAGCAAAAAGAUUUGUAAAUUUAUGUAUGAAUAAAUUUUUUGUAUGCUAGUAUAAGCCAAGUUUGUAAAUGUAUAAAUAUAAAUUUACCUGAAAAUCAGGUUUUAUUCA